UUAAUCUUGCUUGCCUUGAAGGGAUCUAACUAUGCUGGUCUGCUGGAGCGACAUCGCAUUCAUACAAAAAAUGUGGAGCAUAUUGUAGACAGUUUACGGAACGAGAGGAUAGAAGUUCGUCUUGUUAAACGUCGAGAAUAUAAUGAAGAGACAGUUCGGUGGGCAGAUGCUGUUAUAUCAGCAGGAGGUGAUGGUACAAUGUUGUUGGCAGCCAGUAAGGUCUUUGAUAAAUUUAAACCAGUUAUUGGAGUAAAUACUGAUCCUGAAAGAUCGGAGGGUCACUUAUGCUUGCCUGUGAGAUAUACACACUUGUUUCCUGAAGCACUACAGAAGCUUUAUCGUGGUGAGUUCAGGUGGCAGUGGCGGCAAAGAAUCCGACUGUAUCUUGAAGGAACUGGUAUUAACCCAACCCCUGUAGAUUUACAUGAACAGCAGCUAAGCCAAGAGCAACACAGCAGGGCUCACAUAAAUGAAAGAUUCCAGGACCAAAGAUCUGACAUUUCUGGUCCACAUCUUUUACCAGUGAGAGCACUCAAUGAAGUCUUCAUUGGGGAAUCUCUUUCAUCCAGGGAGAACUUUAAGUCCUGCAAACCCAGUUUUAAAUUCUCGCUUCAUAGGGCCUCCUAUUAUGAGAUAUCAGUUGAUGAUGGUCCUUGGGAAAAACAGAAGAGUUCAGGGCUUAAUGUGUGUACUGGAACAGGAUCAAAAGCAUGGUCCUAUAAUAUUAACAAGGUAGCACAUCAAGCUGUGGAAGAGAUCCUUAAGAUUGCUAAAAAGCAUGGAAGUUUGAAUAUGCCAUUGAACACGGAACUAGUACAAAAAGUAACAAAUGAUUACAAUGAGUCUCUGCUCUACAGUCCAGAAGAACCAAAGAUGUUUUUCAGUAUUCGAGAGCCUAUUGUAAACAGAGUUUUCUCAAGUAGCCGGCAGCGUGGCUUCUCUUCAAAAGUCUGCGUCCGUUCCCGUUGUUGGGAUGCAUGUAUGGUAGUAGAUGGAGGAACAUCUUUUGAGUUCAAUGAUGGGGCGAUAGCUUCAAUAAAGAUUGAUACAGAGGAUGCACUGUGCACUGUUCUGCUGGAAGAGUGA